AUGAUGGAAGCAAGCCCAGAUACUCUUAAUUCUGCGUCAUCUAGUAGUAGCGGGGAUGGAGGGAACACUUCACCAAUCAACUCGAGCGGCAUUGGCAGUCAUGACGCUGAGACUUCCGCGACAAUGGAAAGCCCACACCGACAGUCGUCCAUGGAUGUGGAACAGAGUCUACCAACAGUAGCCGAAGUGACUGGGAGAAGGACCAUGGAACACAUUUUGCGUCGACGACGGCGACGACGACAAUCCUGCAUACUUUCCGCUCUGGUGGUACUUGUAUUAGCGUUGUUGGCGCUCUCCAUUGGUUUGGCCGUGGAACUCUCUGCUUCCAACAACAAGCAGUCGUCUUCCUCACAGGACAACCAACAAACCGCACAAACCAUUAUGGAUUCCCAGAAACGCUACCAUGACAUGGUACGAUUCUUGAGCGAAACUAGUAUUUCCAGCUUAACUUCCUUGGAAGAUGACAGCAGUCCCCAGCAUCUGGCCCUUACCUUCCUGGCCUUGUUGGAUCCGUUGGGACUUCCCAUUCCUCACUCUCAUAUUAUUCAAGAGGGAUAUCAGUUUAUCACUCGCUAUGUCCUCACUGUCUUGUACUUUGGCAUGCAAGGAGAUUCUUGGACUCAAAAACGACACUUUUUGUCCAACCUGCCCACGUGUGAAUGGUGGGAAUUGAAUCUAGACGAGUCCACACGACGACAGUACAAGUACGUGGGGGUGAUUUGUAAUAACAACGAUAUCAUCACCAAUCUCAUUUUACCCAACAACAAUCUGCAUGGAGAGCUACCCACCGAGAUGGCAUUACUGACAACACUCAAGACACUCGUUCUAAAUGUCAAUCAAAUCCAUGGGAGUAUACCGACAACAUUCAAAAACCUCUAUUGGUUAGAGCAUCUCUGGUUGUCCCACAAUGCCAUUACUGGAACCGUACCCAACUGGAUUGACAGCUACGUUGGAAUCGAAUCGUUGGAUCUUUCCUACAAUCGACUCGAAGGAGAGCUUCCAGCACAACUGGCUAAUUUGGAACACAUCCAAAUGAUUGCGUUGGAUAACAACCUGCUUUCCGGGCCCAUUCACGACGUAUUCAACCUCCACAACAACAGCCGGGGCUUGCAACACUUGCAGUUUCUAUACCUCGAGAGCAAUCGGUUCAGCGGAUCUCUCGGAAAUUCCUUCAUGGUCGGAGCGACUGAAUCACCGCUGGUGGCUUUGGAUGUUUCCGACAAUUCACUGACGGGAAGACUUCCCGUGCAUCUCUUUGCUCAGUUUCCCAAUCUACAAGUCGUCGAUGCCAAUUCCAAUCAGUUGAUUGGUCAACUCCCCAAAAUCUUGAAUACCAACAAUGUCCUCACGUUUCUGGCGGUGCACAACAACUCACUCACGGGAGAAGUAUCGGGAUUGUUGCCCAAUCUCCACGCAUUGACUCAUUUGGAUGUCUCCAGCAAUACCUUUACCAAAUGGCAUAUGGACAUCGGUGCCAUGACGAAUUUGACCUAUCUCUUUCUAGCCAACAAUCCGUUCCCACGAGGACCCUUUCCGUCCUUUCUGAGCAGCCUCACCAAUCUCGAAGAGCUGUCACUCCAGGCCACCCGACGGACCGGAAGUAUUCCCUGCUUUUUGGGGUCCAUGACCCGUCUGGUAUUGCUGGAUCUGGAGAAUAAUCAGUUCACGGGAGCCAUCCCGAGUGACCUGGGGAAUCUCAGCUUUCUGCAGUAUUUUCGCUUGAACCGGAAUCAACUUUCCAACAGUGUGCCGGCCGAACUGAGUAAUCUACUUUCCUUGCGGCUGCUAUUUUUGGAUAGCAAUAACCUCGAGGGAAAUUUGAGUAGCGUGGUGUGUAACCUUCGUUGGGACCCCAUGGUGGUAGCCGAUUGCGCGGCUGACGACAGUACGGGUAGUACAAAUCUCUUCUGUUCCUGCUGUGACCUGUGCUGCAGCACCAGUGCACCGUGUAAUGAUGAUAACGUUGUGCCAUCCAAAGAUCCAGCAUGGCAGUUCGGAUAUCAACGAUAUGAAUACCACUUUGGACCAACCAGACAUUCCAUUUCGGACGCACCGUAA